CCCGAGCCGGGUUUAGGGGACACACACACACCAGACCCCCUAGUUGGAGCUUCACAUACACAGGGGGUGGUUUUGGGCACGGUGUAGACGUGGGCGACCCUGAAAAAGAUAUUCCCUGCUGUGGGAACUUAUCUAACCAGUCGCUCUUAUUUUGAUGGUAAAUGUCUUGGCUGUCCUGUCGCGGGAAGUAAAUAUGACUGUUGCUUCUAAAUGGCCAAAGCUUUGCAGCUAAUAACUCCGGCGUCCUGUAGAUGUGGUUUCUGGUUUGAUGGGAGUGUUGCUAUCCUUGGCCGACACACCAGCUUUGGCCUAGGCGGCUCUCAAGACAUCUCAGCGUCUGCCACAGAGCAUCCAGUCCUCCACUGUCUUCCAGAGACUUCCCUUCCGAAAGCGGCAAUCACGUGAUGUUAACUCUUUGACAGGAUGGGAAACAGCACAUCCUCAUCUGUGGGGAAGUCAGCAACUACUCCUGUGAACCAGAUCCAAGAAACGAUUUCUAACAAUUGUGUGGUGAUUUUCUCAAAAACAUCCUGUUCUUACUGUUCAAUGGCCAAAAAGCUUUUCCAUGACAUGAAUGUCAACUAUAAAGUUGUGGAAUUGGAUAUGCUGGAAUAUGGCAGCCAGUUUCAGGACGCUCUUCAUAAGAUGACUGGAGGAAGAACUGUCCCAAGAGUGUUUGUCAAUGGCACGUUCAUUGGAGGGGCCGCGGACACUCACAGGCUUCACAGAGAAGGGAAAUUGCUGCCUCUGGUUCUUCAGUGUAACCUACAGAAGAGCAAGAGGAAAGCCGCGGAGUGACGUGGCCGUUCCCCGGGGCCAGUGAAAUGUUAGUUAACGCAAUCCCGCUCUUUAAUUGUUCGAGGAUGUUUUAAGUGUGUGUACUUCCUUCCUAAAGACACCUUCAAAUAAUGGACAAUAAAUUGCCAAUAAAUAAA